CCCCCUCAGUCGCUCGUCAGCUCGCGCCGCAGGUGGACCUAUGUCUCUCGCAGAUUACCCUCGUUCGUAGUCUCCGACGAACAUAUUUUUAAUUGUUGAAAUAAACUGGUUUCCGUGUUCACGUGCCUCGUUCCCGGCUCCUGUUAACUGGAUCUCCUGUUUAUUCACUGCUAUUGUUUUUCUUUAGUGCAAAAUGUGAUGUUAUGUGUGUUCAACGAGCGUACCGUCCUGUGUAACGUUAGCCCAAAGUGAACUCAAUGGAUGUAAUGUGCUUUUGAAUUGAAAACGUUAAUCUUUUUGAUCCUUCGCAGCCGGAUUUUUCUCUGAGAUCCAGAGGAUGACAGUUACAUCUUCAUACAAACAGCUUUCCUGAUCGCUACCCCGGACAUGAUGACGAGAAAUCAGGACCCGAGGCUUUGCGAGAGGACGGGCGAACUACAUAAGAACGAUAAACAGCAAACGGCUGGCACGAAUGCUGUAAAGGCUGUUGAACAAGGCGUCAAAGUCAUGGUGACAGCGUGGCAGGUCAGCCGGCGGGUCGCCAACGUGCUCACCUCCAACGCAUUUAUUGUGGUGCUUAUAUCCUUGGAACUACUAGCGUGGCGGAGCGGGGCGGCGGCGCUGGCGAACUGCCCGAGUGGCUGCAGCUGCAAUGAUGAGACCCUAGUGGUGGUCUGCGAGGAGAGCCGCUUGGACGUGCUGCCCAUCGCGCUCAACCCCUCCAUCCAGCGUCUCAUCAUCCGCAACAACAAAAUCAAAACCAUCGACAGCUCCAUGCAGUUCUACGCAGAACUGCAACACCUCGACCUCUCCCAGAACCACCUUGUUAACAUUCCCACUAAAAGCUUUGCCUACCAACGGAAAUUACAAGAGCUCCAUUUAAACCAUAACAAAAUAUCAUCAGUAACUAACACGACAUUCCAAGGCUUGAAUGCGCUAACUGUCCUCAACUUAAAACGAAAUUUCCUCGAGGAGCUGACAAACGGUGUGUUCUCGACUUUGCCAAGAUUAGAGGAACUGAACCUUGGUCAGAAUCGAAUAUCGAGGAUCGAACCAAAAGCAUUCGCAGGACUCACAGCUCUGAGGAUCCUGUACUUGGAUGAUAAUCAGUUGAGUUCCGUGCCCACAAUGUCCUUUAGUCUCUUGGGAAGCCUGGCUGAACUGCACGUGGGACUCAACGCUUUCUCGUACCUGCCUGACGACACAUUUGCGGGCUUAAACCGCCUGGCCGUGCUCGACUUGAAUGGAGCCGGACUCUUUAAUAUAAGCGAGAACGCAUUCAGAGGCCUUCCAGGUCUUAGAAGUUUGAAUCUUUUCGGGAAUAGACUAAGCGUAGUACCUACGCAGCAACUAGGUGGACUUACGAGAUUGGAAGAGCUGUACAUAGGCCAGAAUGAUUUCGUAGCGUUAGAAAGCCACUCAUUCAAAGGCUUGAAAAAUCUGAAACUCUUAGACAUUACUGGUGCUGCCCAGUUGGAGAGAGUCGAGAAAGGAGCUUUGGAGGACAACAUAAACUUAGAAACUAUCGUACUGGCAAAUAAUAAGAAACUAUCAGUGAUAGAAGAAGGUACUUUACUCGGCUUGCCUAAGCUGAAACAUGUUACGCUUAGAGACAACGCCAUUGUUACGAUCAGUGAAACUGUGUUCGUCGGAAAAGAGCUGAGACAACUGGAUAUCACUGACAAUCCUAUUGCCUGCGACUGCCAACUUCUUUGGCUGCAUGAAUUAUUGAACGAGAAGAGUAACUUCACUCAAAUCCAAUGUGCGGAGCCACUACAUUUGAAGGACAAGUACUUGCGUACUAUAACUGCAGACGGUUUGGGCUGCGCCGUUCACGACACGCGGCAGCAAACGAUUAUAUGUGUCGUAGUAGUCGCCUGCGUGGCUUUCCUAGCAUCACUCGUGCUCGUGCUGUAUCGCUACCGCAAGAGCAUGCACGAGAAGCUCAAGGACUACAAGUGGAACAAGCGUGCGAUGCGCAAAGACUUGGAAUACCACAAGCCCAUCUCCACCGAAGAAGACUGCAUCCUAGAGCUUUACGCCUCCCCCAGCGUGUUCUUCAUGUCGGGCCAGCAGCAGGGCUCGGCGCGGCGCGCGCGGGGAGGCGGCGGCGGCGGCACGCUGCCCGCCAACGGCUUCACGUACAUCGGCGGCGACCGCCCGCCCCCGCUCACGCUCAACAACGGCGCGCCCGCGCUGCUCAACAACGGCUCGCUGCGCUCGUUGCCCGACAAGAAGAACAACCGCAACGGCUUCGUGUGCCACGAGAACUUCCCGCGCGCGGACCGCUACUCUCGCAAGCAGGAGAACGGGUACAUUCGCAACUCGGAAACCAUUAUCGGCUUCCCGCGAACGCGCGACUACGACGACUACAGCGAGCCCGAGUACUCGGUGAUCGCGGAGGCCGAACGCGACUAUCGCUCGUGCGCGCACUCCAACACCUUCAACUGUUGAGCCCGGGAGGCGUGAACUUUCAAUCGUUUGUGAUCUUGUAAUUCUAGCAAUAAAUCUUCAUUCCAUUAAGUUUUUCUAUGGAGGACCUUAUGAUGGGACUUAGUGUAGCGGUUAGUGACGUUUAGAACUUCGGGAUCGGUGUACGUGCGACCAGUGAGGACUAUGUAUAUCGUAUUCGGUUUAAGAGAGUACAUUAUUUGUAAAUUAUAAAUUUAAGUAGCGAUGGAUCUAUUUUUCAAUGGAGCGGAGGGGGCGGUUGGAAGUGAGACUUUCAUGAAGACGCCCGUCUGGGGGCCGAUUUUUGAAUUUCGAUCACUCGAUUUCGUCACUCGAAAAUCGGUGGAAAACGGCGAAAACCUAAUUUUUGAAAUAUGGACGCUCGUUAUUUGAAAUCUAGUGGUAUUGACCACUCGAUUUCAAUUCUAUUAGUAGAAUUUAAACGCCUAGUAGUGGAGAUAUCAUUUAACAAAAUACACGAAAUCGAGUGGUCGAAUUUCAAAAAUCGGCCCCCUGUACAGACUAGUCGCGUGCGGCAAGCGCCGCUGCCACGUAAGGCCUUUGUACCUUUAAGUUUUGCUUAAUACGAUAUCGAAACGCAACUGAAUGAGAGGCGAAUAUUGUUAUCUCAUUCUAGCGGAUACACCUGCGUUCCUACUUACGCGAAUAAAACUUACAAGUACAAAGGCGGGGUAAAUACAUCAUCAUCUAUGUGAUUCGUAAGUAUCCUACCGAUGGGUAGGGGGUACUUUGUAUUUGUUUUGUACAAAAACCAUUCCAUAAGUCUUUUUAAUGUCUAAUUUUUUAUUUAUAACGAAUAAAUAUUAAGUGUGCGUUAAAUAAGACACCAAUAUGAAUGAUAGGUAACCUAUUAUAGGAUUAAUAAAUGUAAAUAUAUUUAUACUAUAUUGAGAUAUUUAUAAAAUUUAAUACGAUCUUAUUCUUCUUAAAUUUUCAUAUAAUUAUUUCUGUAUUUCACUUACAUUAGUAUGACUAGUUUGUUUGCUAUGGAAUGGGGCCAGUUUCUCAAAAGCUUGUAGGUAACUUGUAAUACAAGUGGAAGUCCCAUUCCCAUUCUAUCAGAAGUGUCAAAAAGUGACAUCCGCUUGUAUUACAAGUUACUUACAAGUUUUCGGGAAACGGGCCCCUGGUAUUGUAUUUCCUCCUCGUCACUAUUGUUAAUACACUGUAUUUCAUAUUAGGUACGGCAGCACCCACUUCUUACCUGUAUGUCUCACUUUUCGCUCAAAUCUCACAAACGCAUAAACUGACCUACUUAAGUUUCAGUGAAAUUAUAUAGAUUCCGUAAAAUGGGGUGAUUUAGGAAUGUCGGGGCUAGAAUCACAACUUAAUAUUCUCUAAAUUAACUUGAUCCAUUCAACUAAACAGCAUCAAAUACAAUUAUCAAAAAGAUCGAAUUAAAAAUAUGACAUUUCAAGGUCACCUCAUUCUGCUGUAUAUAUUUUCAUGUCGCAAUGAUUAUUUGUUAUAAUUUAAGUUUGCAUCAUCAUUGCCAUUACAGUAAUUAAUUAUGUCAAAAUAAAAUAUGUAAUCUUUAAGAGAUGUUGAUAUUUAAAUCAGCUACAAUAAGUGUGCUACUGAAAGCAAUACAUAAUAUUAAAACUGUUAUAGAUAUAUUUCACAAACUUGUAAAGGCUAUUAUCAAUAAAUGGAGAACUUAACUUACAAACGAAAGACCCAAUAAAAAGAUAUCAGAAAAUUCAGAAAUUACAAUGCCCGUUCCUUUAUUAAUUUCGUUUGAAGCUAAAUUGAGCGAAUAAGUACCUAAUGUCGACGUACGUCGAGAAUGAAAUAUUAUAGCCAUCGUGUUAUAAAAGCUACAGCUUGGCAAAAAAGGGUAGAAAUUAAAAAGUGGCAACACUGUACAGACGUCCCUUUCAAACCAAUAUAUUUAAGAAAACGGGACGACACUACAGUGUUGCCACUUUUUAAUUUCUACUCUUUUUUUUGCCAAGGUGUAAGUGUUGCAAUAUAAAAUGUAAAAAGUUUUUUAUUUAUUAAUACUAGCCUAACCAUAGGCUGAUAAUUUUAAAGCACUUAGAAAUAUUCUGUUAUACUAUGCGCUAGAUGCCUGCCACGUUAUAAGUAUCGGACGACAUUUUUACGAAUGAAAUUAUUUGACCUGUUGAACGUAGGUACAAUGUAGUUCGGAAAAUUGAGUUCUUUUUAAUAUUUGCAAUGUAAUUUACGCAGGGUCUGAGAAGUUCGAAUAUGGAACGAAUUUUAGCUGUUCGAAUUUCGAAAUUCAGAGUUGCAGUCUGUUGGGGAGCUAAAUUUCGUGGAAUUCAGAAUGCCGAAUGAAUACGAGUACCCUUUGCAUAAGUUACCCAAUAACGUGAAUAUUGUUGUGUGAAUUGGAAUAACUACAGUUCUAGGAACUUGAGGAAACAUGAAAACCGUUAUACGAAACAUAUUUUUUAAACCAAUUCAACGAAAGAAGCAAAUGUUUUUUGUGUAGUGGUCAUAAUCUAUAAUUUAAAAAAACUGUACUUCUGGGUCACAUAAAAUAAAACGAGAGUCACGAUCUAAUUGCUUGUUUUUUAAUAAUGAAACAUAUUUAAUUCAAUAAGGUUAUUUAAGGGUACAUUUUAUACAGGGUAUAAAAAUAACCCUUAUCUAGAGAUCAAUAAUUAGCACUAAAAUAUGUGACUUGAAUGAAAGGGACAUACAAUAAAAAGGUGACUCACAUUACUCUUGCCGAGACCCAGAAGUGACUUCCGGGGUCCCUCAAGUCCCUUUCUAACAAAAGUGUCAUCCGCUUGUAUUAUAUUUGAUAAUCAGGGCACAGGUUUCCAAUACGGUUUACUUAUGUUCUACUGAUCAUUCGAACUUCUAUUCCACUCCAAAAAUACAUGUACUUAACUUUAAAAACUUCUCUCUAACUAAACGUUGAAACUUGAUCUUAUGGUGGCGUAUGUUCAUACUUCAUGUAAAUAUGGAGAAUAUAAAGACUAAGAUAUGUGGGCAUGCGUUCGUGCCUCGUGGAUGCCUAAACAUGUAUACAACUAAAUGAAUACAUAUGAAAAAUUGUGAUUAGUGUACAUAACAUUAUCUACACGACGUUGUAAUAGAAUCAUCGGUCAUUUUCUGUAUUUUAUUGUAGUUAUUACCUACAUACAAACUCGAUAAAUAUAACAUACCUCAAAUUUACAA